AUGCCUCCUCCUCAACUAAACAUAUCUCCUCCACUCCUCAACUCGGCAACGCCUUGGGCAACAGACCUUGACGACCUUUUAGCAAUCGCCUCAUCGCCAUCAACAGGCGCUAUCACAACCCGGACUUCGCUUAUCAAUGGCUUCAACCAUCAGCAUGAGCAGCAUCAAUACCUAUUCUUCGAUCCGUCUUCAGCGAUUCCAAGUGAAGGCACCUCAUCUGAUCAAACUCCACCCAAAGGUCAUAAAGCCGAGGCCACGUCGAGCUUGAAUAACUUGGGCUACAGUCCUAUCGUACUGGAUGGAUAUCUUAGUUUCUUGACUGAGAUAUCUCGGAGGCUUCCUGAUUUACGAAAGACAUUCAUUAUUAGUGUCACUGGAUCGCCUGAGGAUAUUCAAGAAAGCUACAAGAGGAUCGAAUCAUCUUCAAAGGAUCUCCCAUUUCCUCUGGCAAUGGAAGUAAACCUGAGCUGUCCCAAUAUUCCUGGCGCACCACCACCGGCUUACGAUGGGCCUUCUCUCCAAAAGUAUCUCGCCCUACUUCCAAGUCAUCCUUUGUUGCCUAUAGGAAUUAAAACACCCCCAUACACGCACCAUGGACAGUUUGCAACCCUGAUCGAAACUCUACAGCAGGCGGAAUCGUCUAUCAGCUUCAUAACCGCCACAAACACACUUGGCUCUUGUCUAAUUCUCCAAGACAAUGAGAAUAUUCAUAUGAGCCCUCAACUACCAGGCACAGGUGUUGGUGGCAUGGCAGGACCAUCUCUACAUCCCCUUGCGCUCGGUAAUGUAUCCACUUUACGAAAGUUGUUGGAUCAGGUACCCGAGUUGAGUCAUGUACAGAUCAUUGGCGUUGGUGGAGUACGCGAUGGGAACGGUUACCGAAGGAUGAGAACGGUUGGAGCUUAUGCUGUGGCGGUGGGUACAGGUCUGGGGAAGCAGGGGCCAGCCGUGUUUGAGAGGAUCGAAAGUGAUCUGAAAGGAAAAUGGGAUGUCACUACGUCGAAGCUGUGA